GUCAAGGUGCCACACGGUGACAGUCCUCUACGUUUAUCCCUCUCAAGUCUCAAGUGAAUCCUUACAAGAAGUUCACAUCUAUUACUAUUGUUUUGGUGAAUUCCUUUUUAAUACCACCAUGGGGUUUAGACUUUUACAAUGUAUUUAGUUGAUUUUUGCUCCUCAUAUAUAUAAAAUAUAUUUUACUAAUUGGGUACUUUUAAAAUUGAUUGGGAGCUUCUUUUGUUUCUUUAUAUUUUGACUAGAUAGGUGAGACUGAUCUAUCCGUUAUACAAGUUUUCUUGUAAUGUCUAAUGUUUAUAACUUGAACAGGUAAACUACUUUAAGUUCUCAGCUAAUUAAACGUAAAGGAGUUAUACAUAUAUAUAAGAAGUAAAAUUAAAUGAAAAUAUAGGUGAGUUUGUUGAAGACUAACAUCAAAAACUCAAAAUGGUGAUUAGAGUUCUUCUCACCAUAUUUGUUGACACCUAUGAAAAUUACAUUAUAAAUAGCUCUCUCGUCUAUGUAAUAUAUAACAACUCACUCGUUACACAAUACCAAAACACAGACUCUGUUCACUCACAAUAUUACUUGACCCUUCAAGCUGGUUUCCAUUCAAGAGAAAAUACCAUAUCACAAAAAUGAUUAAUCUUCGCAUUCCUAUUCUUGUCUCUUUUAUGUUUUUCCUUGUUUUUAUUUCGUCGUCCCUUUUGUUUGCUACACCUAUUUUUGCUGCUAGAAUAGGUCACUCUCUGGUACAAGAAGAGGCCACAAAGAUUCCACAAUAUAAUAGGCUUGAGGAGUCGGAGGAACCGGAGAUUCCAGAAGAGCCGGAGGAGCCGGAGAUUCCAGAAGAUCCUGAGGAACCAGAGGAGCCACCAAAGGAGUCAGAAGAAGAGAGUUUUGAAUUCCCCUCGUGGAUCCCAAGCUUCCCUUUUCCCGGUACGAACGGCGGUUUACCAAAGACUGAAAAGACAAAACCUACAAGUGUUAUUUCCGAGGAAACUUCUAGUGGUUCGAACAAGAAGCCAUAGAUCAAUGGAUUGAAAACAUUAAAAGGGAAUCUAUAUACACUGCUAUUGCUUAAAUAAUGAUAAAUAAAAGUAUAUGGUGUAAUAAUAGGCUUUUGUUUGUGUUUUAUGAAACACGAGAUAGUACUUAUGCAUUGUUGCAUUUUCAUGUCAUGUUUGGGUCACUGACGUCUCGAAAUUAAUAGUCUUUGUACUGAGUCUCUCGUGUAGCUUGUGUGCUUUUCUUGUGGUACAAAAUAUAUAUUUUACUAUUAGUUUUGUAAUUAGUAUCAACAUCAUUUUUUCUCU